UUGAUAUCGGCGGUGCGGACAACCACGUGACUCAUUCACUCAUCUGUCAAUGGCCACUGGCCCACUGGCCAUUGGCCACGGUGGUUAGGUUAGGUACUCCGUCUACCGCGUGGGCACGUGCUUGUACUCUCGCGUUGUGUUCGUUAAUUUUAUCGAGUGAUAUUCUGCGGAGAUCAUUGACAUGCAUUAUAUUUCAUUAGAGACGAUUGACCGAAAGCUGCGAUCGCACGAUAGCGUGCCGCUCCUGCGAAACUCACGGAUAAAUUAUAAUAAACCGUACGAGCGACCGAGAGAAUUGAUGUGGGAAAGAAUGGCGAUGGUGAACGAAGAUGCCAGGGCCAAGCAAAAGCAAAAAUUUGCAGCAGGCUUCUGCCCAAACUCGCUGCUGGUAUAUACAGGAACGGUGCCAAGAGCAAAGACAUUCGAAAAGCAAAGAUGUCGAAUGAUUCACUGGAUAAAGCACGCCUAGACGCGGAUGCACUGAAACUUCUCAAUGGCGAUUCUUCAGAUUUGGAAUGUGAUAUAGAGGUGGCGGCAUACAAUGACGCUACUAAGCAGUCGUCAAGUAAAGAUAUUGACAAGAACAGCAAUGAGGAAUGGGCAUAUACCUACGAACAAAGCCCUGUUUUGGGGAAGAGAGAAAGUGAGAAUUUGGGACAACAGUGUAAAGAGAGGGUCGAGGAGAUUUUGAGGAACUGGGAGAAACUUGCCAAACUGGAUCUUAAUAGCGAGUGUAAAUUCGCUGCUCCGAAGGAGGAUGUAUGUAGGCACAGAUUAGUUCUGAACGAUAAGGGUCGUGCGGAACUGAGUUCUGAUAUUGCACAAUAUUCAGAUGCUGCCGAUGUUAUAAUGGAGAAGAUGAUAGAACGGUUAGCGAAGAAAGAUGGAGAAAAUAAUGAAUACUGGCGUGAUCUGCUGCACUACAUGAAGUUUUGCAAAAGUGCUGAUAAAAAGUUUAAAGAGGACGAACAGGAUAGUUUACUAGGGAUACCAGAUCCUACUGUGAACACGCUCAACAAAGUGAGGGAAUCUUACGUUGAAUCUUUGCGUGUAGAAAUUCCGUGUGAGGACAAUAACCACCAGGCGCCGUCACACAUGGAAUCGAUGGAGUAUCAAGCUUGCACGUUCAGCACUUCGCAGUCGUCAUCUACCAAAUAUGAGGGUCCUAAAUCUGUUGAUUAUACGAUCGCACGCGAAAUUAAAAAACCACCGCGAAAAAAUCUCAAAUGUCGCUUGACGGAGAAUAAAGAGUCUAGAAGAGACGGUGAGUCUAGAAGAGACGGCGAUAUAAUAUUUUACGGUCCUCCAUCUCGUUUACAGAAGCCUCUCGCGACACGUACCACGAGUGAUUCUGUUAUGAUCAACUUAUACGAGGCUAGCGACAAUCAAUUUCCGCAGCGUUCCACGGACGUUUAUCAACUUCCGAAGCCGGUAAAUUACGAGCUCGUGAACGAGAAUGAACCUUAUUACUCGAAUACUCGCUUCGGCUGUCCGAAAGAGCCAAUUUAUGCCGAUCUUCCUGGGAGAGAUCAUACGGAUAAUAUUUACAGCGAUGAUUCGCCGAUUAACGUUGAGAAUGUUAAUGUUAUUUAUACUGACGAUGCUGCUGCUGCUAAUGUCUAUGUUGUUGAUAGGAAGCACUCGAAUUCAUCAUUCUAUGAGCCUGUGCCACUUGCGGAGAGAUAUAUAGCGAAGGAUCCUCCUCGUGAAAAAUCGCCUGUUUCCUACUACGUGCCGAAUGAUGUAGUUCAAGGGCGCUACGUGCAAACGGCUGACAAGAGUAACGCGAAGAAUGCCAGACGCGUAUCUGUGAUUUGCCAAAAUAAUAAUAAAAAUGUAGUCGCCAACAGAGUCGGUCAUCCUGUGAAGACAAAGGUUAAUCGCAAGGAAUUAUUCAAACUACUGGGAAACCCAAAUAUUGUCAUGGAAUACGCAAAUAGGUGCAGCACUCUUACAUCCAACAUGAUGAACGUGCCGUCCAAUCAAUCAACUCUGCCGGAACCUCGGAUCGACUCGACGAGAAUGAGGGACGCACAGGAGCACCAGAAGAAGUUCGAGAUAAAUCUGCGUUCCCACGAACCGGACAAAAAACGGGACUCUUGCCGAGUCGAUAGAAGUUCGUGCCGAUUAUGGAAUACCGAACCCUCGUUUCGCACGAGUACGCACGCCACGGAUCCGCCGGCUGAACCGCAAGAAGCCUCACGGAAUUUCACAAGGCCCUCUAUAAAUCCACGUCUCUCCGUAACGUCUCUCCGUAACGUCUCUCCGUACGAUGAACCGAUUGACUACUCGAUGAAAAAUGAAAGUUACUAUAAUUUUGACGUACAGCCAGUGGAGCAGCGUCCUCCAGUCCAGUCCAGGUUACACUCGUGUAAAAACAACGACAGUGCCGAGAUAUUUUGGGGGCCGAGGGAUAUUUUGAGAGGCAGGGAGCGCGAUCGCGAACAAGAUGUAUUUUUCGACGACGGAGCGGCGCCAACGUUGAGCUCCUCGCACAACGCAGAACGAAUGGAAAAGAGAUCCAGGGAGGUGGAGAUACAGAGCGAGGAGAGGUUUGACAAGGUAAGUUUACCAGAACCAGAGACGGAGUACGCUUACUUGUACCUACCAUCUGCGUCGUACCGCCCACGCGUUGCAGCCGUGCCACGAUCCGAGCCCUUGUACGGCAUGGAGAGCUAUAACAAUAGCACGGAUAAUUCGGUUAAUUCGUACAGCGGUAUGCCAAACGCGCCGCUAUCGUCGUCGGAAUACAGCAAGUACGCGACCAGGCCGAAACCAAUCGAUCGUAGACCGCACAUCAUGCAGCAACGGAUCACUCAGCCCGUAAAGUACAUGACUGUGAUGAAGGGGUCAGUGAGCAAGAAGGUACCCAUGUACUCGGUGGACUCGGGGACCGAGAAGAUACCCGUGUGCAAUCGCAACUCAAACACCAUGCUCUCGAACACCCAGUCGCGUUAUAACUGCCCGCCGGAAGCGGUACCACUGCGGACGAGUCAGCCGCGGCCCGACGAUCGCACGCCGUACGACGAUGGCGUAUAUAACUUUAUAGAGCAGCCGGAUUACAACAUGUUCGACCCUUGGCCCAAUAUUCGGCAUCCCUCGCAUUUGUAACUGGAAUACAUGGAUGCAUCUUCGUGCAUAUCGGCGUGACUGUACGGAUUAUAUAACAAUGUAUCGAUUAUACUAUUAUAUUGUACGAGGAUUAUGAUUACUACUUACGUUAUAAUUCAUUUUGUUGACUGAAUCGGAGACUAGGGAAUCCCCGAUAACAGAACGACACGUUUCUGUAAAUGCAUAAUGAAUAAAUAAAAACGUUGCGAUCAUUGUCUGAU